GUUUUGAUGUCGAUUUUACGGAGGUGGUGAAAUUUUGAUCAUAGACUUGAUGGUACAUAAAAGGUUUGUGAGUGAUCAAUAUUCUUGUUCCUAAGUGAAAAUGAUUUUCCUGAUCUUGCUGUUAAAAGCUUUAACUGUGUGCCAACUAGUUAAAGGGGAAGAAAAUGUGGAUGUGACUUAUAAUGAACUAGUUGAACUCGAUGCAGACUGCAACACUUCGGAUAACUGUAAAUAUCCUCCACUGCAGGACAGACUGGACCUACGCAACUGCAACUGCGAGAAAUUUUGUGCUGACUUCGGAACUUGCUGCAUGGAUUCGCCUCAUAGAUCUUCAAACAGAUCAUCCCUUCAGGAAGAAGUGGAAUGUUCCAAAGUUUAUGGGACAUCCACUCUGCACGUGUUCAUGAUCAAUGGUUGCAAACAAAAUUGGGCUGGUGAUCCAUCCAUCAGUAGACAAUGUGCUGGUGAUGCGGAAGCUCGAAGUGAUCCUUUAUUGCUUGUUCCAGUCACCAGUAAUCAAACUGGUUUAACAUACAGAAACUAUUUUUGCUUUAGGUGUAACGAAGAAGAAAGCCAUCAGCGAUUGCCAAAGUUUUGGCAAGUGAAAAUUUCAGGGGAUAGUGUCCAAACAGUUCCAUCGACAGUGCCCGUCAUUCAGUACGACAAAACGAUAAAAACUUGGAAAAUGUUGGACGCUGUUAACAAAACUUUUGCCAACAUCUCUUUAUCAGUAGAAAUACCAGAACACGUGAAGAACGAUGUAAGGAUUUGCCGUAAUGGUGUCGUCUCGAGUUGUGCCACGAACUGGACCGAUGACGUCAUUCGUGCUAAAUGUUCAUCUUACAUGGGUAUUAUAAUCAUCUCCAAGAACGAAACAAAUGUGCCUUACCGAAACGCACACUGUGCCAUUUGCAAUCAUGAAAGUUUGGCAGACAUGUUAUGUUCCGAUUUUGUCAUUGCGAAAGCACCGAAAAGGCCAUUUUCUUUUACUCUAUUGGUUGAUGUUAACCAAUCAGAUGGUGAUGAAGUAGGUAAAGUAAAGCGAUGUGAUGACCAAUCAGUGUAUGAUCCUUUUUUCAAAAGAUGCAGAAUUUUAAAAUGUGCCAUGCCGAACUAUACUAUUGUUGAAGGAAAAUGUUUGGAAAUGUAAACUUGGACAUUUGUGUGAAAGUUUUUGCACUAACCUUCGUAAUGAGUAGUCAUCCAGGUCUAUUUCUAUCCCAGUGUUAAAACUAAUUCAGAAAAUUGAUAAA